AUGUCGGCAAGGCCCUCGACACCACCGUCUCGGGUUCCAGAGGCCAAGUCCAAGUCGCCUCUCACGCCAGAGCAGGUGCGCAGGAUCGAGAUAAAUCGUCUCAAAGCCAAGGCACUUCGAGAGCAACGCGAGAAUGAAGCCUCCAAAGCAGCAAGUCUACAGAGGACAGACUCUUCGAUGGCUGGCCAGAAGCGUAACUAUGCAGCCUUCUCCGAUGCUCCUGUUUCUACUGUCUCUAAUCGUCGCGAUGCAACUAUCGAUGUGAAUGCCAAUCGACCUCUGGAGACCAUUCAGCCUGCUCGCAAUUUUGCCAAAUAUGUCGAGUACGACUUUAGCAAGAUGACAGACACAAAGGGUGGGUUCUUGACUGCAGAUGAUGAUCCUCACAACAGGGCCCUCCAUGCGCCUGAGCGAGACAAUAAGCCCUCUCACAUGACUCAGAAGGAGUGGGAAAGACAACAGCUAGUACGAUCCUUGCGCAACGAAAAGGCUGGUCCGUUCGAGCCUGGUAUCAGUGCUGGCACGGAUCCCAAAACCCAGUCGUGCCGAGAAUGUGCCACUCUGGAAGUCGACUGGAAAUGGCUUGAAAUCUUCGGGCUGGGUGUCUGCAACGCGUGCAAAGAGAAAUUCCCCGAAAAGUACAGUUUGCUUACCAAAACCGAAGCCAGAGAAGACUACCUCUUGACCGACCCCGAGCUGAAGGAUGAAGCAUUACUUCCACAUCUCGAGAGGCCCAAUCCUCACAAAUCAACGUGGCAUAACAUGUUUCUCUACCUUCGGUGUCAAGUCGAAGAGUAUGCCUUCUCCGACAAGAGAUGGGGCUCAGCUGAGGCACUGGAUGCGGAAUUUGAGAGACGAGAAACAGAAAAGAAGAAACGCAAGGAAAACAAAUUCAAGUCGAAGCUGGCAGACCUCAAGAAGCGAACCAGGGUUGAGGCUCACCAGAGAAGUCGAAAGGGCGGAGGAGGGAAUUUUGGAGAUGAUCUAGGUGACGGCAAGCAUGCUCAUGACUUUGGCCGUCCCGUUGAUAAUCCCGAAACGGGCAUACCAGUCAAGAAAUGCCUGAUAUGUGGCCUCGAGGUGGAAGAGAUAGAUUUAUAA